UACUUUGACUAAAGUGUGGUGUAAUUCGAGAUGCCAGAAGACUCCAGUUAAGAAAUGAUUUGGACACCUGGCUCUGACUCAUUCAUCAGUCGGAGGCCACGCACCCGCCGCCACUCGGCCUCAGCGCGGGGUGGCCGCCCACUUGCCGGCGUCGCGCAUCCCCGGCCCGGGAGCGUGGACGUCGUGACGAGCGCUCGCGGGCACCCGGCGCCAGGCGCCGGUCCCGCUCGCCCGGAGCAUGCUCAGUGGCUCCCGUCCCACUUCUGCAGGUAUGACCUCGAACGCCGGGCGCAGGCACUACUCCACUCGGGGCGCCAGGGACGCAGAAGAGAGCGACUGGGAGUCGCUCCGAACCGCCUCUCUCCUGGACAGCAAUCCUGAGCCGGCGCGGAACAUGCUCAGACUCGCUGCGGGAACCACCAGACGCGGCAGUGCGAAUGGUCCACCGGUUCUUAAUCGAGUGUUACCUGUCUGGAUCCAGGAUGGGGCUAUGCUGUGGCCUCUGAACUGUGUCACCAGGCACCAACCCCAUUGCAGACCGUCCCUCCUUUGCCUUACAGAGCAAACAGAAGCGAUGGCUCUGUCUGAGAGCCAUCCAACUAUGCGCUUUCCACCUUCUGUGCCCUUUUUGGUCCUAGCAUCCACUCUGGCUACAGCUGCGAAUGUGACCAACAGCACUUUGAACAGCACGGCCGUGGUCCCAGGCUCCAUGCCUGUUGUCAUUGCCAGGACUGACCACGUUAUCGCCAGGGAGGGGAGCAGUGCCUUGAUUAACUGCAGUGUCUACGGCGUCCCUGACCCGCACUUCUGGUGGUACCACUCUGGUGGCAAGCUGCUAGAAGAAGAGGAGUCAGAGAAGGAGUGGGGAGGAGGAAAAUGGCACAUGCAGGCUGGUGGCCUCCUGAACAUCACCAAGGUGUCUUUCUCAGACCGUGGUAAAUACACGUGUGUCGCCUCCAACGCCCACGGCACAGUGAACAACACAGUGACCCUGCGUGUUGUCUUCACCUCAGGGGACAUGGGCGUCUACUACAUGGUCGUGUGCCUCGUGGCCUUUACCAUCGUCAUGGUCCUCAACGUCACUCGCCUGUGUAUGAUGAGCAGCCACCUGAAGAAGACGGAGAAGGCGAUCAAUGAAUUCUUCAGGACAGAGGGCGCAGAGAAGCUGCAGAAGGCCUUCGAGAUUGCCAAGCGCAUCCCCAUCAUCACCUCAGCCAAGACCCUGGAGCUGGCCAAAGUCACCCAGUUUAAAACCAUGGAGUUUGCCCGCUACAUCGAGGAGCUGGCCCGGAGCGUGCCUCUGCCACCCCUCAUCAUGAACUGCAGGACGGUAAUGGAGGAGAUUAUGGAGGUGGUGGGCCUGGAGGAGCCAGGGCAGAGCUUUGUGAGGCACGCCCCGGAGGGCCAGGAGGCCACUGACAGGCACGAGGUAUACACCAUCCCCAAUGCUCUGCAGCGCAGUGACUCACCUGCUGCCGACUCAGACGCCUCGUCACUGCACGAGCAGCCUCAGCAGAUCGCCAUCAAGGUGUCCGUUCACCCGCCAUCCAAAAAAGAGCCUGCAGAUGACCAGGAGGGUGUGCAGUUAGAAGUCAGAGAUGAAGAGGACACGGGGCCAUCAGCCGAACAGUCCCCCGACACUGCAGAGCCUUCUACUGAAGUGACGUCCACAGAGCUGACAUCUGAGGAACCAACCCCUGUGGAGUUCCCAGGCAGGGCACUGCCACCUGCUCACCCCAACUCCACAGAGCCCACAGUGACAUGUGACAAAAACACCUGCAUUAUUUAUGAAAGCCAUGUCUAAUAUCAACCCUGAAAAGCUAUGCAUAUCAAGUAAAUCAGGGGCUGCUCCUUGAGAUACAUACAGAUGUAGUCACUCUAGCCGCUAAGCCUUACCAGGAGACUCACCCAUAGGUUGGAGUGGUGCCAUUUGGACAGGGGACACCUGCAUGCAGCUGUGAGUGGACCUUCCUGUGAGAGAGGCCAGGGGAAACAUCACGGCACAAAAUUGGUAAUACCACAUGGAAGGUGUCCAUCUGUGUGGUGUGAAUUGCAGAGGCUGCUCACGGCCACAUAUCUUAAUCAGCAACAUCCUCUUGGCAAAGAGGACUCUGUUGUAAGAUACCCCAAGUUCAAGAGCCCUGUCCAACGCUCACUGCACUGCUUUUCCUUUUUAAAAUUACAGGUCUGCUACGAUAAAUGCACGUACAUGGUUUUGCUGCACUUUCUUCUCAGUUUUAAUCACUUUCACUGUUCCUUUAUCUUGGACUAGUUAUUAUAUUAAUACUUGUAGCUCUUUCUGGUUUAGCCCUUUUUGUCCCUGUUUUUCUCUAGAACUUUUACUUCAGAGGCCCCAGUCUAAUACUAGUCACCAGAACCAGGACGGCGCCUGCAAGUCCCUUGCAAUGGCCCCGGGUGGUUACUAGGCUGGCUGUGACUUCCAUCCCCCCACCUAUUUUCACAGAGUGCUUUUUUUUUUUUUCCAUUUAUUUCCAGUGAAGCUGCUACUGUGAAACUGAGAAAAACUUUGCCCUGGAAGAGCACUUUAAUGGUUGUAUAAAAAUGCAUGUGCCUGUUUAUGUGGGAGUAUUUUGGUGAACUCAGCUGAAGCGUAGAAGGGGAAUGGUGAGGGUUGUUUGCCCCCAUGCCACUCAUGAAAAUCGCUGUUAAUGUAGGAUCAUCCUCCAAGCAAAGGCUGAUUCUUUACCCAGAAAAUUUACUGCUUCCAGAGACAGAGGCAUUUGUUGGGCUCCUGUAAGGUAUAGAAUUCUGACUCCCAGACGGGCCUGCAAGGACCAUUUGCUGUUGGGCAGUGCCCACACCCUACUUAGGGCAGCAGACAUAGGGUCUGUGAUAUGCCCCUGUGACUGCAGGCCAGGAUGACGGUUCAGAGAAUUGCACCAUCAGAUUUCAUGCCAAAACUACUGAAUGACUAUCCAGCCCCCAGAAAGCAGGUGCAUUUGAGCCAGCAGGAUGUGUUGGAAAGAAGAUAGAACUGGUCACCUGAAAGUUAGUGCCUGGCCCAACUGUGCCAGUGCCCAGCUGCCUGUUUGGGGGCAAGGCUAGGCCUCUGUGUCCUUGUCUGUAAUACAGGGUGGGUUGGGUGAGGGCCAAGGGCCACUUCAGCAGUUUCACCCUCUCUCAGAACCAGCUCACAUGACAUCCUUGCUUGUUCUCAAAGUCUCUCAGAGGGUUUUCUCUCAUCUCCAAUUCCCACAAUUCAUGCUGUGUUCCUUACUCAGAUAGAGGUUGUGGGUCUUCUCCUCCAGGAAGUCAUUAGGACCUCUCCUGCAGUAAGAGGUAGUCUUGGUGAGGGUGAAUGACAUCACUUCCUUUUCACUUACAAGCAAGGAAGACAGGAAGCUCAGUGUCGCCGAUGGGGUGGUUACGUCCAAGGUUGCGUGGACACAUUGUUGAUGAGAGUGUAGAUGCAUAAGUAUAACCCGCACCCUUUCACCGUCCGUGGAAGUGGCCUUGGACAACUCCCUGCCUCUCUCUGAAGUUUAAUCUUGUGCUUCAUCUAUGAAAAUACACAGAUAGCACCUGAGGGUCUGCAAGAUCUCUUCUCGUCAAACGUUACAGUUUUACAGAAAGUCUGCAAUCUUCAUGAUAAACCUGGAGCAAACCUGAGAGAACAUGAGCCUGGGUGCUUCUGCUGUUCAACCAUUGCAGCAAACAGGUGUGGAGUACAUGGCCUUAAAGUGACCUUGCCCGGUUUAUUUAUAGUAGGGAGAGAGUAUGGAAGGUGACACUUCAGAUGACAGACCAGUUCCAUCAGACAGCUCGUGAAAAGGAACAUCUUCGCAUCUAGUCCGACGUGUCUUGAGUGAACCCGCAAAGAAAUCAGCAGUGAACCAUCAGGAGAAACCAGGAGUCCUGUCUGGGCUGUCCAGACUGGGAUAUUACAUGUUUGGGUUGUAGUAGGACAGUUUUAUAUCUAGCUCUUAGAGCACAGCAUUUUUUUUUGUUAACGCAGGUCCACACAUUUUUAGCAGGGGUUUCUACACCAAAGCAAAAAUGGGGACUUAAGCUCAUUGUUUUUGAUGUGUGAGCUUUCCCCCAUGCUAUUUGGUUCUCAUUUCACUCAAACCAGAGUGCAGACCUCUGCAGAAACAGCAGAAGGUGCCGGUUCCAUCUACAUAUCCACGAGGGAAAAUCUGGCUACUGUUGAUGAAAUGAGCAGGAAUGUGUGACCAAAGAAUGUUUCCAGGUUGAUUUUUGCUUCUUUAGACUAUGGUGGGGGGAGAUGAUAACGGAUUUCGAAAACAUUCUCCCUUGUCAAGGCAUUAGAAUGACCCUGAUAACACCCACCCUACAGGGAGGUUGACUCACAAUGAUGAUUUCUACUUGUGGAAAAUCUGCACGCUUCCUGUCCUAUCCUGCCCCCAGCAUCUUUACAAAAUCAAAGAGUCCCUCCUGCUAGACCGGGAGGUGCAGACACCUCAUGACUCUUGGUUGGAUUUUCAGAGAUAAAGUGAACUGCCCACCUCAUGGAAAUUCAGUCAUGUGACUGACCGUGGGUGCUCCUUGAGCACUGAGCGUGCUGGAGCAGUUUUGAAAGCUGGCUGCUAAUGCCCAGCUACGUCCCCUGAGUCUUAUGAACUCAUUCUCAAGGUGGAGUUCUGCUUUCUAAGUCAUGCUGGUAAUAUCUCUAGCAAUUUUUUUCUUGAGAGUCCAAAAAAUAAUUCACAUAUGUAUGCAUAAUUAAUUCACUUAGGUGAUUUUUGAACUUGGAUAGUAUUUAUUCUAAAUGGGGAAAACAAAAUUUUAUAUGGAAAAAUCUAAUUUAUAAUGGUUUUGGUUUAUAGAUUAUAUUUUCAUAUCUUUAGGGCACAUCUACUAUCCUCAUCUUUUUGUAUAUCAUACUUGGCAAAAAGAAAUACUAAUACUUGACUGAAAUCUCUAGGAACCAAAUUUGAUAUAUACGAUCUAUAACGUAAAGAAACUGCUGUAAAAAUAGCUGAAUGUCUCACCCAUGUCUCAAGCAUUACUGUGCCAUGUCAUCACAUCCAGAGCAAUUUGUCUUGGAUGCUUACAAGCAUUCCUUUUCCACAACUAAGGCUAGAAGAUUUGGUGUCCCUCACUAUGGAUCCUGGAAUCCUCUCUCAUUCUUUACCAUUUUUUUUUUUUUUUUUUUUUGCAGUUUUGGCCGGGGCUGGGUUUGAACCCCCCACCUCCGGCAUAUGGGGCCAGCACCCCACUCCUUUGAGCCACAGGCGCUACCCUCUCCUUUACCUUUUUUAUUGUUUCCUUUUAAUAAGCACAAGUUUGUGUUGUCUGAACAGAAAGGCAAAUUUGAGAUAACAAAACAAUAGAAUUUAACUGAACUUAUGGCUACGUAAAUUUUUUAAUGGACUCAUAAUGUGGUUUUUACUUUUUAUUUUUUUUAAUUUUUGAGAGAGUCUCACUUUGUCGCCAUCCAUAGAGAGCUAUGGUUUCAUAGCUCACAGCAGCCUCAAACUCCUGGGCUCAAGUGAUGCUCCUGCCUCAGCCUCCCAAGUAACUGGGACUACAGGCGACCACCACCACUCUCAACUAGGUUUUCUAUUUUUAGUAGAGACAGGGUCUUGCUCUUGCUCAGGCUGGUCUUGAACUCCUGAACGUAAGCAAUCCACCUGCCUCGGCCUUCCAGAGUGUUGGGAUUACAGGUGUGAGCUACCUCACCCAGCUCAGCCUGACUUUAAAACACCCUCCCAGCCACUGGAAGAAAUAGUUGGAAAGGCAUAUCAGGCAUCUUUUAAUUUGCUGUUGGAAAUGCAGUGUUGUGCGUGUGCUAAAACUCCCUAUGGUUCUCUUAAGUGGAAUUUCCUUUCAGUGUUUAAUUUGAUAAGAAAAUGGAGCAUUUAAGUCGAAUUUCAGAUUCUGUGUUUUCUCAGAACAGAUUAGCUACUGUCUCAUAUCCUUUUGGCAAUCCCUUAAGUAAUUCCUGUUUCUCUCCUUGCUUUUUAAACUAAGUUAUUAGGCUGAGCGCAGUGCCUCAUGCCUGUGAUCCUGGUACUUUGGGAGGCCAAGGUGAGAAGAUUGCUUGAGCCCAAGAGUUUAAGACCAGCCUGGCAACAUAGUGAGACCCUUUCUCUACUAAAUAUGUUUUAAAAUUAGCCAGGUGAAGUAGUGGUACCCACUACUGUAGUCCCAGUACUGUAGUCCCAGCUACUUGUGAGGCUGAGGUGGGAGGAUUGCCUGAGCCCAGACAUUCAAGGUUGCAUUGAGCUGUGAGCACACCACUGCUCUCCAACCUAGUUGACAAAGUGAGAUCCCACCCCCUAAAAUAAAUAAAGCAUUUAGUACUCUUUAAAUAUCUAUGAAAUCUCACCACACAUACAUUUUGCACUUCUGUUAUGGUCAAGUUAUUGGUCAUUUUUAUAUUCACCUAUUCACUUUAAAAACCUUUCAGCAGAUAACAAAGUUCAUUUUCCCAAUGUAUUUAUUAGAGUUUCUUCAGUGACUAACCAGAUUCAAAUUAGACAAAUCAAUGUGGAGGGGUGAAAAAAUCAAACCAAAUAAUUUUUUAUUGUAUUUUCCAAAGCAAGUGAGCAUGUAUCCAUUAUACAAGAAAAUGUCGGGCAGUGCCUGUGGCUUAAAGGAGUAGGGCGGUGGCCCCAUAUACUGGAGGUGGCGGGUUCAAACCUAGCCCUAGCCAGAAACUGAAAGAAAAAAAACUAAAAGAAAAUGUCACAUAGGGUUGAUAAUAAUCCUUAACUGGGAUUUUUUUUUUUUUAUUAAAUCAUAACUGUAUACAAUGAUAUGAUUAUGGGGAACUGGGAUUUUUUUUUUAAGAGAAUACUACAUCAACUCAAAACUAGAGAAUGUAAAAAUGGAAAGUAAAUAGCUCUAAGAAUAUUCUGGCAUCAAUUAUUUUAAUAUAACCAAUAAUAGAAGCCUCCAAAUGUCUCUUGCACACACCCCAGAGCUACUAACUUGUCACAGAGGAUGCCCACACUCAACAUCUUGUAUUUCAGUAGUUCCCAAUAUCCUUCAUUAAGAUUGGAAAACAAGACCAAACUGGGGCGGUGCCUGUGGCUCAGUGGGUAGGGCACCGGCCCCAUAUACCGAGGGUGGUGGGUUCUAACCCGACCCUGGCCAAACUGCAACAACAGCAACAACAAAAAAAAAAGAAAUGCCAACCUGGUGAUUUUUGUGAACAAUAAAAUGUUCACUUUCUAAAAAUAAUUUGAAGAUGUAAACAAAUGACUAAUAGCAAAAACAGAGAAAAAAAAUUGUGACACAUCCUGUAUUUUGAUUGUUGCUUUAAUAAAAGGUGUGCACAGGUGUCCUGGAGUGUGUGUGUCAUUGUAGGAUCUGCUCUUUGUAGUUACUG